UGCAGUCCCGUUAAAGUUUCCAUAGUGGACCUUCCUCUUCAUAGUGACAAUGAUUGGGAUUAAAUUGGGACUUUUGCUAGUGUUCAGUGUUCUUGCAAAGUGCAGUGUUAGGAAUGUUCAGUCCAAGUAUCACUUGUCCUCGAGGAUUGAUCCUGGUGUUAGAUUUAUCUUGGAAACUAACGAGUGUGCAGGAGUUGGUUAUAGGAUUGUUCGAGAUAAUCAAAUAGUGUUUGAAUCAACUCUAGGACACUUUGCUCCUCUUAGUAGUGCCAUUGAUCAUGGAAAUAAAAUUAUUCUCAUCAGCAAUCAAGAUCAAAUUGUGUUAGAGCUUGUGGAGGAUACCCCAGCAAUUUUCCUUGUGGAUAUCUCUCGUAAAAACAUCAAAUCGGAUAAAUCUAUAACGGAUUGCGUGUCUCUUGGAAGAAAUUCGCUGCAUUGGUACGGGGGUCCUCAGCAAAAGUAUCAGUACUGGCCAGUUGAAAAACUGACCCUACCUAACUAUUCGUACGUUACCAAAGAGGCUGAUAAUGCUGCUGUUGCUGAGAGAUAUUGGGUCAAUACUGAGGGAGCAUUUAUCCAUCUUUCUGACACAACUCCCCUCUUCAUCGAUCAGAAUUCCAUGAAGGAUGACCAUUUGUGCUUCAUUGCUCGUCAAAGCCUUCCUUACAACCCUAGACACCCAACCUUUGAUUUCGAGUAUUCGAUUGGAGUGGCAAGAGAUGCAAAAGCUGCUCAUAUGGAAGCAGUCCAUAGAUUCCUAGGUAGGCCUUCUGGCGUUCCCGAUCCAUUGAUGGCUGCCAGACCCAUCUGGUCAACCUGGGCCAGAUACAAGAGAGACAUCGACGAGACCGUUGUAAUGAGAUUUGCUAAUGAAAUCGUUAAUAAUGGCUUCACAAAUAGUCAGUUCGAGAUUGACGAUGACUGGGAAAUUUGCUACGGUGCUCUCGAAUUCAGGACAAGUAAAUUCCCAAACAUUCGAAACACAGUUCAACAAUUGAAGAAUAUGGGAUUCAGGGUUACGCUCUGGAUUCAUCCGUUCAUCAACAAGGGCUGUGAACCUUACUACACUACUGCCAAGGAUAAUGGAUAUCUCGUGAAAGAUCACAAUGGAAAUGUUGAUACACAGUGGUGGAAUAGUGAAAAAGGUGAGGCAGCUUAUAUUGAUUUCACUAAUCCAGAAGCUGCAGCUUGGUAUACAGGAAGAUUAAGGAAACUCCUGGAAGAUACAGGGAUAGACAGUUACAAAUUCGACGCUGGAGAAAGUAGCUGGCAACCUGACGAUCCCAUACUAAAUUCCCCUCUUGAGGAGCAUCCUCUGAGCGUCACAACAGACUACAUAAGAACAGUUGCGGAAUUUGGACCAAUUGUGGAAGUGAGAUCGGGAUUCAAGAACCAAUACCAGGAUGUUUAUAUGAGAAUGAUUGACAAAGAUUCGGAAUGGGGUUGGAAUAAUGGACUGCCUACACUUGUAACUACCCUACUGCAACUCAAUAUGAACGGAUAUCCUUUGGUUUUGCCGGAUAUGAUUGGUGGAAAUGGCUAUGACAAUCACAUGCCAGAUCGAGAAAUGUUUAUUAGGUGGCUGCAAGCUAAUGUCUUCAUGCCAAGUCUUCAGUUCUCAUACGUACCAUGGGAUUACCAGGAUGGGGAUGGAAUCAAAAUGCAAGAACUCUGUAAACAUUUUGUUAAACUUCACGAGGACUACGCAGAUACCAUUAUUCGAAGAUUUGAGAGGGCUGUUUCUCAUGGGGAACCUGUAAAUCCUCCUGUUUGGUGGUUGGAUCCUAGGGACAAGAACGCCCAAACUGCAUUCGAUGCAUUCCUGCUCGGAGAAGAAAUUCUAGCUGCCCCUAUUCUUCAGAAAGGCCAAACGUCUAGAAACAUCUACUUGCCAGUUGGACGUUGGCAAGAUGGUAACAACGGUUCCAUCUAUCAUGGUCGUCAAUGGUUGAACAACUACCCAGCUCCUCUUUCAGUACUUCCUUACUUUAUUCGUUUGCCAUAAAUAGGAGAAAUAAAAAUUGUUUUAUUGUCUUCUUAA